ACACAAUCCCCCAGCGCGUCGCAACAGAAAUUCCCCAAUCCCCUCGCCCACGCAAUCCCCACCACCACCUACUCCAAAAUCUCCCAUGGCGCCCAAGGCCGAGAAGAAGCCGGCGGCGAAGAAGCCAGCGGAGGAGGAGCCCGCGGUCGAGAAGGCCGAGAAGGCCCCCGCGGGGAAGAAGCCCAAGGCCGAGAAGCGGCUGCCGGCGGGGAAGACCGCCGCCAAGGAGGGCGGCGUCGACAAGAAGGCGAAGAAGAAGUCCAAGAAGAGCGUCGAGACCUACAAGAUCUACAUCUUCAAGGUGCUCAAGCAGGUGCACCCGGACAUCGGCAUCUCCUCCAAGGCCAUGUCCAUCAUGAACUCCUUCAUCAACGACAUCUUUGAGAAGUUGGCCGGUGAGUCCGCCAAGCUUGCCCGCUACAACAAGAAGCCCACCAUCACCUCCCGGGAGAUCCAGACCUCCGUCCGUCUCGUCCUCCCCGGUGAGCUCGCCAAGCACGCCGUGUCCGAGGGCACCAAGGCCGUCACCAAGUUCACCUCGUCUUAAGUUUGCUUUUGGUAGCCUUGAUCCCUGUGGUGGAUCUGUUUAUCUAGGAAAAUGAGUAGUAUUAGUUAUUUGUGGAAAUCAAUGGACGAUGGUCGCUAUCAUGUAUUGUUCUUCUUUGUAAGAAAGAAACUUCAGUGCUGAUGCUUUUGCCUGUUGCGUUUCAGAUAUGUUCUGAUCUCUGUGUACUGCUGUGAAUGUGUUCCCUCUAUGAUUAUAUAUGAUUCUCUGGAACUUUGCUUU